AUGCCACUGAAACGAAAGCGACCCACCACACUUGGCUCGGUCACGCAAUUCACCAUGGACGCCGUGCAACCCUCAUCCCGCGACGCGUCCGACGAGGGCGCUGAAGACGCCGUUCUGCAGGCAGUCGCCUCUAAGAAGGAGCGCCAGGCGGAUGUUAGUGGGGCCUCGAAGCGCGCACGCGUCGCGAAGACGGCAGCGGACGGCGCUGGUGACAACGGUGACGGCGACGAUGACAGUGAUGGCGAAUCUGAAGGGCCCGUCAGCAAGAAGAGCCGGCGAACAUCGUCCAUUGCCGGCGAAGGCCAUGGCGAGAAUGGCGAGGCGGGCACGCUGCGCAUGGAACCCCCACCCAAGGCUGGCCUGGUCGACCCAGUGGGCUACAAGACAAACCCUCCGCCCAAGGAUCGCGCAGUGCGCAUCUACGCCGACGGUGUCUUCGACUUGUUCCACAUUGGUCACAUGCGCGCCCUCCAGCAGGCCAAGAUGGCCUUUGACAACGUCCACCUCAUAGUCGGCGUCACGGGCAACAAGGAGACACACAAGAGGAAGGGCCUGACUGUCCUCUCCGCCACCGAGCGCGCCGAGAGCGUGCGGCAUUGCAAGUGGGUCGACGAGGUCAUCGAGGACUGCCCCUGGAUCGUCACCACGGAGUUCCUUCUCAAACACAACAUCGACUAUGUCGCCCACGACGACCUUCCCUACGGCGCUGAUGAGGGCGACGACAUUUACGGCCCCAUCAAAGAGAAGGGCAUGUUCUUAGUCACGCAAAGAACCGAGGGGUUGAGUACGACAGGCAUUAUUACUAAGAUCGUCCGCGACUACGAUCAGUACAUUGACCGCCAACUCAAGCGUGGCACAUCGCGCAAGGAGCUCAACGUAUCGUGGUUGAAGAAGAAUGAGCUGGAUAUCAAACGCAACAUGGUCGAGCUCCGCGACAGCAUCAAGGCCAAUUGGGCCACUACUGGCCAGGAACUCAGCAAGGACUUCCGCCAAUUCUGGCAAUCCAGUCGUCCGGCCAGCCCAGCCAGAACACCUACCAGGGAGGCGUCAGAUGCAUUUGAGUCAACUUCGUCGACAACCGCUCGAUCUCCAUCAGCCCUCUCACGACUCAGCCACCUGGACAUUCCACGUGCCAAUGACAACACACGAGGCUCGUCUGAGUUUGCUGCUGGCUACAAUCUUGGCUUGAUCGGCGGAGUACGAUCCUGGAUGGCUCGCAGUCGACGCAACUUGAAUGAUAGCAGAGCACAAAGCCCUUCGGAUGAUUUGAGCUCCGAUGAGCAGGAACCACGGAGUCCGCAGGAAGUGCCCCGCGGCCGUACUGGCAAACAAACGAGAUCGGAGCCAAUGGACACUGCAGCUUAA